CCCACCUAAGACCUUAAACCUCAAGUACAACCAGUACAACCUUUGAUAUUCUGCUGCCUACCUACCCUUGCCUCUCACAUACACGGCCGAUAACCUCCCAUUCUCCCCUCUAGAUCUUAAAACCUCUCUAGAAAGUGUUUGUAAAAUUUUACAAUUGCGAACUUUCGGUCCACUCGUUUGUCCUUUCUUUUUUGGUGCCACAAUUAUCCUACUUAACUAUCACGUUGAUGACGCAAUCCCAAGCUAUAUGAUUGUUGCCUUCGUACUAGAACCACUAGCAACGAUUUUGAACCCGGAAGGCCUCCCAUAUAGUCAUAACGACUCCAGAGUAUAUACCGGAUCUGUGGGAAUAUCUGGGUCUUUAUGAAAGAUUGAGUACUCGCUCGGCCGUAUUCACCUCGCCGAAAUACCACCAUGGUCUCACGAAAGCCGCUUCCCGACAAUGCCUCGGUGAACACCAACACCCCUCCCCCCGCCGUUAGUAUACAAGGUGUAAGACAGGAAUUGUGGUCUGCUAGCGACUCUGAACCAGAUCCAGAAAGAGUCUGGGCUAGGGAAAACUCGGUACCAACCCAACAUAGUGGUACCGAUGCUACGGAGAACAAGAGUGGGUUGUCGAAUGUGUCAGGCGUAUCGGAUGUGCCUGAUGCGCUUCAACCCGGCACCUCUUCCAAGACGUUAGGCUAUUACCAGGAAGAAGGAAAUCCCUGGGACGAACCUGACGAGAAGAGCGGCGUAGAAACUACCGCGACCGAACCCAAAUCAAAGCUAGACGAGAUGCCGAAAGCUCUUUGGCCCGGAGGGGCUAAAUUCGAGACGAAUCCCUUCAAACGAAAACCCGUACAAACUGGUUCGACGGACCAAAUUAAUCAGGAUACCCAAGAACCCCCGACCGUCCCUACGAACCCUCCACCUCCGCCUCCACCUUCUGUACCGACGGUCGCAUUUUCCCAGUUAGACAUCUCCGAACCCGAAACGAGCACAAACCCCUGGCAACCAGCAUUUACCGAGACUAGAUCUUCUAGUACGGCUCCGCCUUUGUCCGACCAAGAACCUAAGAGCAAUGUCUGGGACUCAGGCUUACCUUUAAAAGUUCCCUCUGCAGGUCAAGUCUCAAACCCUCCCACCGUUUCACCUUUAUCUGUUGAGGGCGAACCUCAGGCCUGGAGCAAUACGUCCCCGAAUCCCCCUUUACAACAUCCGCCGGAGAGAUCUCAAGACGCGGGCGAGAUAUUUGAUGAUCAAAACGCAUGGGAUGACAUCGGAUCGAAUAAUAAGGGAAAACAACCAGACCUACAGACUUCACAAGUACAAACCGAAACUGUCGACGGUUGGAACUUAAUCGACCACGAGCCCAUGCCAGAGCCAGUACCAGGGACUCUAUCAAAGCGAAGUACCUGGGAAAAUUUUAUGGAUGCGGACGACGAGAGGCCAAAGGACACAACAGAGCCAAUCACUACUACUGAAGAGCCGGCACCAUCUUUACCACCCCGACGAGCGACGGAAGAACAGGCACCGCUUCAACCACCUAGACCGCAGGCUCUGGACGGUACAAAUAAGUCAGAGACAUACCAAAUCAAGAAUAUUCAUUGGUUUGACGCGACGGCGGCUAAGAACCCCCGAAGGUCGCCGAUACUUGUGCAAAACGCAAACGGGCCCUGUCCUCUUGUUGCGCUCGUGAAUGCGCUUACACUUACUACACCUGCCACUCAGAAGAAUUCAAAUCUAAUCGAGACCUUGAAAUCUCGGGAACAAAUUAGUUUAGACUUCCUUCUCGAAGCCGUCUUCGACGAACUCAUGACCCAUCGUCACCCCGAAUCUUUACCAGACAUGUCCGAGCUUUACGUCUUCCUAAAAGGCCUUCAUACUGGCAUGAAUGUCAACCCACGUUUCAUCCCUACUCCUGACACCGUAGCCACCCAACCUUCAGCCCCUGAAGCUCUUAUCCCAGGUACCUUUGAAAGUACGCGAGAUAUGAAGCUUUAUGCUACAUUUGCCAUUCCUCUGAUACAUGGUUGGCUACCUCCUAGGAAUGAUCCAGUCUAUGACUCUUUUAGCAGACAAGCCUCGUCGUAUGACGACGUACAAAGCAUAUUGUUCCGAGAGGAAGAGCUUGAGGACAAGCUCAGUAACUCGGAGACAGGUCUUACUGAGCAGGAGCAACAGCUUUACCAGGAUAUCAUCAUUAUAAAGUCCUUCCUCGCUACCUAUGCUACCCAACUCACACCAUGGGGACUCGACGUCAUCACCAAGGCCAUUCGUCCAGGGACAGUAUCUAUAUUGUUCCGUAAUGACCACUUCUCUACUCUAUACCGGCAUCCCCAGACACUCAAACUCUUUACUCUGGUAACAGAUGCUGGUUAUUAUACUCACGAUGAGGUGGUGUGGGAGUCACUCGCUGAUGUUCGAGGUGAGCGAACUGAGUUCUUCUCCGGCGAUUUCCGCAUAGUCGGCGGCCCUCAGAAUCAGCGACCGUCCGGUAACGUUCCGGGUUCUUGGUAUAAUGAUGAAGGGUCAAGCAGCAACACAAAUGAUGGCGCAUGGCAGACAGUCCAGAACCGGCGAGGACGAAAUAACCGCCAGAACGAGAGCAGCACCAGCGCACCCAGCCAGAAGCACGAGCAAGAAGACCGAGAUCUGGCCCUAGCCCUACAGCUUCAGGAAGAGGAAGAAGAGCGCCAUCGCACGGAACAAGCCGCUCGACGCCGGGAAAGCCAACUCUCGGAACAAUUCAUCGAGCAGCAAGGUCGCCAAGGCACUCCAGCCCGCGGGGCCCAUGGGCGUGGUGGCUCUAUUAGUAGGGGUGGUGCCAACGGUAGCGGUCCCCUACCCCCAGCUAGAGGCAGCUCGGCGAAUCAGUCCACUAGCACAUUGGCCAGCCGCGGCAGACCGCCGGUACAGCAAGUUAGGAGCUUGAUCCCGCCGGCAACCGGGACGACUACUCACCGCCCCACGAAUGACACGGUGGACGAUGCGCCCCCCAGUUACGAACAGGCUUCUAAGUCAACUCCGUAUGUGCCGCCUGCGGGCCAUCCAAGUCAUCCGGAUAGUAGCCCUAGUAGUGCAACGCCCAGGCGUAGAUCUAUACUCGGCGGUGGGAGACAAGAUAGUAACGCAGGCCCAAGUACGCCAGCUAGAGGUCGGCAGACGACACCCGCCGUUUCGGCGACGGGGGGCGCGACGCAGGGAAGAGAUAAGGAUUGUGUUGUCAUGUGAUGAAAUGAUAUUGAUAUGAAGGAGGGAUUCGCAUUAGGAAUAUGAGAGGGUUUAUGCAUGCAUGGCAUGGUCAUUAGAGAUGGUGUUAUUUGGUUAUUUAUGGCUAUGGAUUGCUUCAUGGAAAGGAUCGGUUGGGUUACGAAGCGUGUAUUAUUAUGACUAUGGAAUGAUUAGGGAAGCACGGGGUGAAAUGAGUAUUUGAGGGCUUAGCAGGUAGCUGGAAUAUAGAAUAUGGUCUUAAAAUGGAUUUUUACG